CCACAUAUCAGUGCCUACCAGUGCCCAUCUGAGCUGCCUUUCAGUGCCACCUAUCAUUGCCAGUCAGUGCCACCGAUCAGUGCAAGUCAGUGCCACACCUAUCAGUUGCCACCUCAGUGCCACCUAACAGUAACAGUCAGUGCUGCUUAUCAGUGCCACCUAUCAGUGCCAUAUAUGACUGCUGCCUUUCAGUGCCCAUCGGUGAUGUCUGUCAAUGCCCAUCAGUGCCACCUACCAGUGCCUCCUCAUAAGUGCCCAUCAGUGCCGCCUAUCAGUGCCCAUCACUGCAGCCUCAUU